AGCAGAAGCUUGUCUGCAAAAGCAAGCAGUUUAGCCCUUCUAUGCCCACUAAAAAUGAACUUGGUCCACAGAGGCAGGCUGCAGUUAGUUGGAUUACUGUUGUCUGUAGUAGGAUGGAUUUUAACUGGUGCCUGUAACUAUUUGCCAGACUGGAAAAAUCUCAAUUUAGACUUAAAUGAACUGGAGACCUGGACCAUGGGACUCUGGCAAACCUGCAUAGUCCAAGAUGGAGGAGGAACACAGUGUAAAGAUUUUGAUUCUUUCUUAGCUUUGCCUGUAGAAUUCAAGAUUUCCAGGAUUUUAGUAUCUACAUCAAAUGGACUAGGACUUGUGAGCCUUGUGAUUGCUAGUCUUGGUUUGGACUGCCUAAAGAUGGAGGCUUCAGAGCAGAAAGUGAAGAAACGGCUGCUACUACUUGGAGGAAUACUGCUAUGGAUGUCUGGUGUUCUGGCCUUAGUCCCUGUUUCUUGGGUUGCCCAUGUUGUCAUCCAGGAAUUUUGGGAUGAAGAUAUUCCAGAGAUUGUGCCCAGAUGGGAAAUGGGGGAUGCAAUGUUCAGUGGUUGGUUUGGUGGCUUUUUUAUAAUUAUAGGAGGAUCCUUACUCCUCUCCACCGUCUGCUCAUCAACCGACCAUCCAUUACCAGAGCAGUAUACAAUGGCAACUACGCAAGAUACCCAUCAACAUGUGGAAACUGAAAAUAGAAGAUUUUUAAAAAGGGUAGAUACCAGGUUUUCAGAUUUUAUUCUUGCAUUACAGUAAGAAAGGUCUGCUGACCAGAUAGGUUACUGUUUACAAGAUAUUAGGGGCAUGUUUUUCUUACUGUACACUUCCUUUAAUAACUACUUACUACUUUAAUUACUACUUAAUCUUAAUUAACUGAUGAGCUAUACAGAUCUGAUUAAGUCACCAUGCUUUCUUCCAAAACCUGAUCAAGUGCUGCUUUAGGAUAGAUGAGCAUAAAAUUUUGGAUCUCUGGGGCUGCAUGGAGGCUUGACUUUGUAUUACCCCCAUCGACUCAGAGGGUCUGCUUCAAUGUCUUGCUUGCAACAAUAACAUUAGCUUAAGUCCUCAGACAGUUUGUAGUGCCGGCUCAAAAUGCAUUACAAAGAAUGAACAAGGUAUAAUCUUAAAUGAAAUUCCACAGACCUUUACCAUUUAUACUAGCAUAAAGUAAACCUUCUCAGACAAUGUCACAUAAUACAAUAUUCCCCUUUGUUUGUGAGAGAGCGAGAAUCGACAACUGAACAUAUCCCAGCACAAGCUCUCUCCAAGGAAAGCCAGGUCACAGUGUUCUUGAAUUAUAAGAUGCUGUCUGGUGGAGAGCUGACCUUUGCUCGUUGCUAUUGCAGUUUUUACUUAAUGAAUGUAAAGAACUAACUUCCAAGUAUAUGAAUCACUUUUCUCUUUAACUUAUCCUAAGACUUGUCAGUGAUUGAUGUGAACUUUCUAUAAAUUGCAAUGGCUUUAAGUUGACAAAGCUGUAGCAACCAUCUGUUUCUGCAAAGAACAUAAUAUAGAGACAUAAAACAGCAAUAAAAGAAUGAAAUAAAACGCUAGUCUGGGAAAGAGCUUUGUUUUUAAAAAAAAAAAAUGUAUUUUCCAAUCACUGAAACACAUGGAAAGUGCAGAGACAAGUUAAUCUAUGUGAUGUAUUUGCAUACUCUUACAGACAAAAUUAGAACAGAAACACAUUCAGAAUAUAACCUGAUUAAAUAUUUAGUUCAGUCCUGAGCAUUUGAUAUUUAAUACAGUAUAAACAUAGCAAUAGUAAAAAGAGCUUAAAAUUAUUUGAUUUGUAUCCUAUUAAAAUUUCUGCUAAAAUUUGCUCAUUUGGCUAAAUAUUCUUGUACCAGUAAUAUUUAGAUUUUGAUACAUGCAACUGUGGUGACAUUGGUACCUGGAAACAGAACUAAUUACAUUCGUUAUGCCCUGCUGUGCAGAGUAAAUUCUACUUAAAAAGUAGUAUUUGUAAGUUUAAACUGACAGGGGUUUAUCCGUAUGCAUUUUAGUUUAUUGUAUUGAGUGUUUCACGUAUGAAUAAUUUGAAUUAAUUUAAAAAAAGAAAAAAAAA